AUAAAUUAAUGUAGAGAUGUAAUGAAGAGACAUUCUGAAGUCUUGCUAAAACUGACAUCGAUAGUUUUCAAAAACGAUCGAUAGUGGCGACAGUUUUUAACUAUCGAUACUAUCGAUGUUACUAUCGAUAAUAUCCCAGCUCUACUGCAAGGCGAAUUCACGGUUUGUUUUGUAUAAAAUGUAUUUUUUCGUAUAUUUCGAGGCGAAGCUAUAUAAAUAAAUAAUAAAUAAAUAAAUAAAAACAUAAAUAAAUAUAUGUAUAAAUUCGCCUUGGUAUACGUUUUGCACAUCAUAAGUGAUCAAUAGUUUAAUUGUGACCGACGACCGAGGGCAUAAAUAGUUAAUAAUAAUGAGCAAUGCUUCCAUUUUGUCAGACCUUAGACCAUGUGGUUAUGUCUUGGCCACUAGCCAGUAUAAAUAUUUUGCAUUGAAAUGCCUUUAUUGUGACAAAAAUUAUGGUCAAUGGGCAACAUUUCUGCAGCAUUUAAGGGAGCUUCAUAUGGGUGUUGAAGAAGAAACACAAUGGCUUAUUGAAUGUCCUGAGGAUGCAUUGGAAUCACAGGUCGAAAGUAAAAGACUGACAACGGUGGAUUGUCAUACGCAUUGUGUCGACGUAGACAUGGAAACGAAUGAUAGAAGGAUUUCCCCGAACCAGAGUGAGUUGAAUAAAAAGGUUAAUGAAUUGGAAGAUAUAUCCGAGGAAAGUCAACUGGAUCAAGAUGUCAAUGCCGAGAGUGCGGAGAACGUACUAGUUGUAGAUUCUGAUAAUGAAAACUCAUUAAACAAAUCUAUUUACGAAGAAGAUAUAAAUGAUUCACAGGGGGAUUUACAUUUUAACAUGAAUCAAAAUCCUGUAUCUCCAGAAUCUUUUACACAAGAGGUGAGAUGAGUUCAAGUAUAAAAGCAAAUAAAAACAUUAGUUUCGUAAAACUCAACU